AUGAUAGUUCGAUCAAUGCUUGUCCUAUCAAGUCAUAGUGGUUCUCGAUUUUGCAUGGCUAUGGUUCUUCAACCAAAUCGUGUUACAAGCAGCAAUAGCAGCGCGGUCCCAAUGGAUUCAUACAAUCAGCUGCACCAUCCGCCAACUCAAGAAGACAGUUUUCAUCAAAAAAUAUUCGAUAAAGUUGAAGAAGGAAAACGUGCUAAAGACCCUCAAAAAUGCCAACAAAUCAUUGAUGAUCUAAUGAAACUACUUAAACAUCUUACAGCUGAUGUUAAUAAUUAUAAUUCAGCAUUUCGUGACACACGACCACCAUUUUAUAUGCAAGUAAGCAAACGAUUUGAUUUUUUGAUGAAAAGAGAUUUCCAUUCGUCUUCAUUUCUGUUUUUUUGA